AUGGAUAAUAGUUUGGAUAAAUUAUUUUCUAAACAAGAAAGGCUUUAUAAGGAAAUAAUUGAAGCAAACUGUUUUUAUGUAAAGAAACUUAAUGAAUGGAUAGGUGAUAAAUAUGUAAAAAGAUUAAAAUUAAAGAAAGACGAUAUUACUUUAACUCCUAAAUUAUUAAUAAAUAGGGCACAAUCAAAAGCUAGUCGGUGUAGAGUGUGUGGACUAUGUAUUGAAAAAAAAGGAUUACGAAUAGGAUAUCCAUCCAAAGAUCCUAGAGGGAAUUAUGGAUACAUUAGUUGUUGGGUUCAUUUAGAAUGUAGUAAAAAAUUAUUAUAUGCUGUUUUAUAUGUCGAAGAAAAUAAGGAAUGUUUAAAAAAAUAUUUAACAAAUAGUGAAGAAAUUACCUGCACAAGUGAUCAUAAUAAUUAUGAACAGUUCAUACAUAAAAAUAUAAAAUGGGAAAUAUUUUUUGGACAUUAUGAUGAACUAGACGAUGAAGAAAAAGAAAAACUAAAAGAGAUAACUAAACCAUAUGAUGCAAAAGAUUACGAAGAUGGAAAAAAUAGUUUUGAGAUAUUAAUAAAGAAAGAAAAAGAUGUUGCAUUUUCAAAUAGUUUGAUGAAAACAGAAAAAAAACAAAUAAUUAAUUGUGAAUUAAAUGUACCAAAGGAACUUAAAUUUGAAUUGUUAAAAUAUCAAAAAGAAGGUGUAUCAUGGAUGAUAAAUCAGGAAAAUUCAAAACAUAAAGGGGGGAUACUUGCCGAUGAAAUGGGUAUGGGAAAAACCAUACAAGCAAUCACAUUAAUAUUGUGCCAAAAAAUUAAUAGGAUGGAAAAUAGUGUAAAGGAAAUAAAAGGGGAAGCGGAAGAAGCGAAAGGAGAAGCGAAAGACGAAGCGAAAGGAGAAGCGAAAAACGAAGUGAACAAACGCACCAAUGGUUGCAUAAAAAAGGAGGCGAGUGUAGCGAACUAUGCCAAUAAUAUGGAUGAUAAUUCUAACUUGGUAAAAAGUGAAAUUAAAGUAAAAGAAGAAGAGUCAGAAAAGAGCAUUAUUUUGAUCGAAAGUGAUGAGAAUAAAUGUUUUGGAAUGAAAAGAAAAUCAAAAUAUUUUUCUAAAUCUGAAAAAGAUAAAAAUAAUAAAAAGAGAAAUAGUAAGAACAAUAUAAAUAAAGCUAGUACAGAAAAAAGUUUUAAAAAUAAUAGUUCAGAAAAAGUGUUACAUGGUCAAACAUUAAUAAUAGCACCUAUUGCAGCUGUAAUGCAAUGGAAAUCAGAAAUAGAAAAAUUUAUUGAAAAAGAUUUUUUAAAAGUUUAUAUAUAUCAUGGUAAUUAUAAAAAGAUAUCUUCUAAAGAAUUAUUGGAAUAUGAUGUUGUUAUAACAUCAUAUGCUAUGGUAGAAGUAAAUUUUCGAAAAAUUAUAAAUAAACUUAAAGUAUCAUGUGAAUAUUGUGGUAGAUUAUAUUUACCAUCAACAUUAGUUAUACACCAAAAAUAUUUUUGUGGACCUAAUGCUGUUAGAACUGAAAAAUUAAAAAAAAGAAAAAAAAAAAAUAAAGAUACAGCACUUGUUGCUAUGAAAAAAUUUGAUGAUCAUUUUGUGCCUACCCCAAAAAAUGUUUUUUUAGAAAUUUUAAAUGAGAAUAAAGAAAAUAUAAAAGAUCAUAAAAACAUAAAGAGGGAAUUACAAAAAGGGGAUGAAAAAAUAGAUAAAAUAAAAAAUAAUAAAAUUACAAAAAAAAAUGUACCAUUUGAAGAAAAUGAGGUUAUAAUAUUAAGUUCUAGAGAAUCUCAAAGUGAUAGUUCUGCAUCUAAGGAAUCUAUUUUUUCUCCUUUGCUUCGUAAAACAUCAAGUCGAGUAAUAGAUUUAUGUAAUGUAGGUUUUGAGAAAGAAGCAAUUGAAAAAAGUAUAGAAGAUAUAUAUAAAAAAAAAAAAAAAAAUAUACAAUGGAAUAUAAUUAUAAAAUAUCUAUUACAAAAUCAUUCAUAUAGUAUAGAUAUGAAUAAUAAAUGUAAAGAUGUUUUAGUAGACAUAUAUUUGAGUGAUACUAAUAUAGAAGAGCAUGAACUUAAAAGCUUAAAUAUGGGAGAACUGAAAGUAUUAUUAAUUACUAUGGGUAAACAUGUAUUUGGUACAAAAAUUGAAUUAAUAAAUCGUGUGAUAGUAUCAGCUAAAUAUAUAAGACAGGAAUUAGAAGAAGAAGAGAAAAAAAUUGAAGAUAAUAAUAAAAAGAAGGUGAAAAAAGGUAACAAAAAUUGUAAAUCUAUGAUUAAAACGGGUGGGAAAAAUGGUGGUAAAAGGGGUGGUAAAAUGGGUGGUAAAAAGGGUUCAAUUGACUUAAAUAGUUAUAGUGACUCGAAUUAUGUUCAUACUAGUUCUGAAGAUGAUAAAAAGGAAGAUAGUGAAAGUGUAUUGGCAAAAGAUGGUGGUAAAAAUAAUCGUAAAAGGCGUAAAACUAUUGGUAGUUGCGCAAUAACAAAAAGGGAAAACAUUGAUGAAAUAAAUAACAAAAUCAAAAAAGAAAAAAAAGAACAAAAAGAAAAAAAAAAUAGUAGCAAAAUUUCUGAACAGUGCAUAAAAAAAAGGAAAACGUAUAGUAUUGAAAAUAGUAAAAAUAGUAAUGGUGAGCACUUUUCUAUUAGAUCAUCUCCUAGAUUGGCUGCCAAAUCAUCUGGGGGGUUGUCAGCCAAAUUAUCUGGUGGUUUGUCCUCUAAAGGGUCAGGUCGGUUGUCCUCUAAAGGGUCAGGUGGUUUGUCCUCUAAAGGGUCAGGUAGAUUGAGAGCCAAAUCGUCUGAUGAUUCUUCGGUGAAUUAUUUGGGAAGUCAAAUUGAGGAUUCUAGCGAAAGUUUUUAUGAAGAAAACGAAAAUAGCAGUGAUACUGUUAUGUCAUAUGAUUCAAUAAUUAUUGAAAAGAAUAAAAUAAAAAAAAAAAAUAUGAAAAAAAAAGGGUCAGAUAUAUUUGAUGAAAGUAUAUUACAUUUAAUAGAAUGGAAUAGAAUAAUAUUAGAUGAAGCACAUAGAAUAAAAAAUAGGAUAGCAUCAACAAGCCAAUCUAUUUUUAAUUUAAAAUGUUCAGGAUAUAGAUGGUGUUUAACUGGAACCCCAUUACAAAACCGUAUUGGAGAAUUAUACAGUUUAAUACGUUUUUUAGAAUUUUAUCCAUAUGCUUAUUAUUUUUGUUCAAAAAAAGAUUGUAAAUGUUCACUUAUAAAUUUUGAAAUGAAAGAUAAUAAAUAUUGUAAUAUUUGUGAUCAUACAAGAAUGUCUCAUUUUAAUUACUUUAAUAAAAGAAUAUUAAAACCUAUACAAUCAUUUGGAUAUAAUGGAGAAGGAAUAAAUAGUAUGUUUUAUCUAAAAAAUGAAAUUUUAGAUGAAAUAUUACUUAGAAGAACAAAAAAUGAAAGAGAAAAAGAUAUAAAAUUGAAACCAUUGGUAGUUACUAUUAGAAAAGAUAAGUUAUCAAAUGAAGAAAAAGAUUUUUAUGAAUCUUUAUAUAAAAAAACAACAACUCAAUUUGAUAAAUAUGUUAAAUCAAAUACAGUUUUACAUAAUUAUGCUCAUAUUUUUGAUUUAUUAAGUAGAUUAAGACAAGCAGCUGAUCAUCCAUAUUUAAUUCUUUUUGGUAACUCAUUUUUAAGUGACCCUUCUGGUAAAUUUAUAAAAAAAAAUUCUACAAUUAUUCCAGCAAUUUCAAAUGAUUUUGUAUGUGGGAUAUGUUUGGAAAAUGUGCCAAGAAAAAAUAAUGUUAAUACAAAAUGUAAUCAUCAUUUUCAUAAAAAUUGUUUAAAACAAUAUAUUGAAAGUUUCGAAAUAGAAAAUAAAGGUAAUGAAGAUAAUGAAAAUUUUAGUAUAACCAAAUAUAAAACAUAUAAUAUUGUGAGCAAUUGUUCAGAUAGCGAAAAAUGUGACAAUGCAAAUAUGAUUGUAUUUGGAAGUGACGACAAAAAUGGGGACAAAAAUGGGGGUAGAAACAAUCUUGGAUUAAACCGAAAUUAUAAAUCGCUUUCAGUUGUUAAGUUUAAGGAUCGAGAAAAUUCCCAAUUUGUUAGUUUAACAAAUAAUAUCGAAAAUAUAAAAGAUCAUCCAUUAGGAUGCCCAGUAUGUUAUGUUCCAUUAACUGUUGAUUUCACGGCCUUUGAAAAUGAAGAAGACAAAAUGGAUGAUGAAGAAAUUAUUGUAUGUAAAGAAGAAGUUACUCAUAUUAAUAAAAGUUUUAUAAAUAGAAUUAAUACUGAUGAAUAUCAAACUAGUACAAAAAUUGAAGCUAUUUUUGAAGAGGUUCAAAAUGUUAUAUAUAAUACAGAUGAUAAGUGUUUAAUAUUUUCACAAUAUUGUUCUAUGUUAGAUUUAAUAGAAUAUCAUUUAAAAAAAAAUAAUAUUAUAUGUUCAAAAUUAUUAGGAUAUAUGUCAAUGGUUUCAAGAAAUAACAUUUUAUAUAAUUUUAAUAAUGAUAAGCAAUUAAGAGUAUUACUUAUAAGUUUAAAAGCUGGAGGAGAGGGAUUAAAUUUACAAGUUGCUAAUAGAAUUUUUAUUGUAGAUCCUUGGUGGAAUCCAGCAGCAGAACUACAAGCCAUUCAACGUGCUCAUCGUAUAGGGCAAACAAAAACGGUCUAUGCUAUUCGAUUUAUCAUUGAAAAUACUGUUGAAGAAAAAAUUAUACAAUUACAAAAUAAAAAACAGUUGGUAUUUGAUUGUACUAUUGGUAAUUCAGGAAGUGCUAUGCAAAAAUUAACUAAGGAAGAUUUGGCUUUUUUAUUUCAUGCAUAA